AUGGUAGAUCGAGUGGUAGACAAGAAAAUUUGUACCGAGCAGAGCUUCUCGCCUCUCGCCUCCUUCUCGCUCUCGCCUCCUUCUCGCUCUCGCCUCUCGCCUCCUGCAACUGUUGGAUGGGGUUCGCCUCCUGCAACUGUUGGAUGGGAGCGGGAACAUGAAGAUUUCCAUCAUUUGGAACCUCUUUUGAACGAUAGUUCCAAACGAUAUAAUAGUGUUGACGUACAAGGAUCAAGUGUGGGUGGAGAGAGCAUAACUUCUUAUGCAAAUGCCAAUCUUCUUAGUAUUAUUACUUUUUCUUGGAUGGGUCCUCUAGUUGCACUUGGAUAUAAGAAAACAUUGGAUCUUGAAGAUGUCCCUCAGCUUUCCAGUUGUGAUAGUGCCAAUGUGGUCUUUUCUUCUAUUAGAAAUAAAAUUGAAUCGGAUGGUAACAAUGGUGGUCAGAUAAGCUCAACCAAGCUAGUGAAGGCAUUGAUUCUCCUAACUUGGAAAGAAAUUCUAUGGACAGGUCUAUUGUCUAUAGUAUGCACAUUGGCUUCUUAUGUUGGACCAUAUUUUAUUGAAUCCUUUUUUCAUUAUCUAAAGAGCUCUCACCAACUAAAAUAUAAAGGUUAUGUGCUAGUGUUUAUUUUCUUUCUUUCAAAGCUUAUAAGGUGCUUCUCAGAGAGGCAUUUGUUCUUUCAAUUGCGAAAGAUGGGGAACAGGGUUCGCACUGCCUUGUUUGCAAUAAUAUAUAAGAAGAAUCUUGUUCUUUCAAGCCAAGCAAAGCAGGGCCACACCAGUGGGGAGAAUGUUAAUUUGAUGACUGUUGAUGUUGAGAAGACUGGAUUUUUCAGUUGGUACUUGCACGAUAUAUGGAGGGUGCCCAUUCAAUUUGUUCUAGCUUUGUUGAACUUAUACAAGAGGCUUGGCCUUGCUUCACUUGUAGCUUUUGCUGCCACGAUGAUUUUGAUGUUAGCAAAUGUUCCAUUGAUAAAACUAAAGGAGAAAAUUCAAGGGGAAUUGAUGGAUUCAAAGGAUCGAAGGAUGAAGGUGACAUCUGAGGCUCUAAGGAAUAUGAGGAUUCUUAAACUUCAGGGAUGGGAGAUGAAAUUCUUGUCAAAGAUAACUGAGCGUAGGAAAUUCGAAACGAAAUGGUUGAAGAAGUUACUUUAUACAUCCGCUAUGGCUUCUUUUGUCUACUCAUCUACUCCAUUAUUUGUUUCUAUGGCUACUUUUGGGUUCUGUGAGCUUAUGGGAAUUCAGUUAAACUCGGGAAAGAUUUUAUCUGCACUUGCAACAUUUGAAAUGUUGCAGGAGCCCAUUCAUAAUCUCCCAGAUACAAUAUCCAUGAUACUUCAGAUAAAAGUCUCCCUUAAUAGGAUAACCUCAUUUCUCUGUCUUGAUGACCUUGAUCAAAAUAUAGUACAAAAGCUUCCGAGAGAUAGUACUGAAGUUGCAAUUGAGAUAAUCAAGGGAAAUUUCUCUUGGGACAUUCAUUCUCCUAAUCUUACAUUAAAAGAUCUUAAUUUCCAAGUGAAACAUGGUAUGAAAGUGGUUGUUUGUGGUUCUGUUGGGUCAGGAAAGUCAAGCCUAAUUUCAUGCAUAUUGGGGGAGGUGCCGAAGAUAUCUGGAUCUAUUAAGUUGAAGGGGAAAAAAGCCUAUGUUGCACAAUUACCUUGGAUACAGAGUGGAAAAAUAGUAGAUAAUAUAUUGUUUGGUAAAGAGAUGGACAAGGAAAGAUAUGAGAUGAUUCUUGAAGCAUGUUCAUUGAAGAAGGACCUAGAAUUGUUUGCCUUUGGGGACCAGACUAUCGUAGGGGAGAGGGGGAUCAACCUGAGUGGUGGACAAAAACAAAGAAUCCAGAUUGCACGUGCUUUGUACCACGAUGCUGAUAUUUAUCUACUUGAUGAUCCUUUUAGUGCUGUUGAUGCUCACACGGGAACUCAUCUAUUUAAGGAGUGUUUGCUGGGAAUUUUGGGUUCAAAAACAGUAAUUUAUGUUACCCACCAAGUUGAGUUUUUUCCUUUUGCCGAUCUUAUCCUGGUGAUGAAAGAUGGAAAAAUUACUCAAGCAGGUAAAUAUGAAGAAAUUCUUAGUUCAGGAACUGAUUUUGUGGAGUUAGUGGGUGCACAUAAUAAAGCUUUGGCAAAACUUAAUUCUAUUGAACAUGGGGUUGCUUUGAAUAAUUUAAUUAAUAACGAGGAAGAUGAUAAUAUGUUGUGUGGUGAAAAAUCUAAUCAAGAUGAUGAAGUAAGGGAAUCCGAGAACUACAAAACUGAAGAAUUGGUUGAGCCAAAAGGACAGCUUGUCCAAGAAGAAAAGAGAGAAAAGGGUGGAGUUAAUCCUUUACUGUAUUUGAAGUAUGUUACAACUGCAUAUAAAGGGGCUUUUGUACCAUUGAUACUCCUGGCACAAAUUCUUUUUGAGCUUCUCCAAAUAGUCAGUAGUUAUUGGAUGGUGUUGGAUAAUCCUGAUUCUGAGGAUGUACGACCUCAUGUUAUGGGAUGCAACCCCAUCUUUAUCUAUAUUGCUUUAACCUUUGGAAGCUCUCUUUGUACAUUUACAAGGUCUAUGCUCAUUGUAACUGCUGGAUACAAGACAUCCACUCUGCUCUUCAACAAAAUGCAUUUAUGCAUUUUUCGUGCUCCUUUGUUGUUUUUUGAUUCUACUCCAAGUGGAAGGAUUCUGAAUCGGGUAUCCAUAGAUCAAAGUGCAGCUGAUACUUCUAUUCCACAUAAAUUUGAACAACUUCUUAUCUCAAUUAUAGGAUUCUUGGGAACUAUAGCAGUAAUGUCACAAGUUGCAUGGCAAAUGUUGAUAGUUUCUAUUCCGAUGACUGUGGCAUGCAUUUGGUACCAGCAAUACUACAUAUCUACAGCGCGAGAACUAUCACGACUAACUGGAGUAUGUCAGGCUCCAAUUACACAACAUUUUGUUGAAUCUAGUUUAGGUUCAAUCACUAUCAGAUGUUUUGGUCAAGAAGAGAGGUUUAUGGACACAAACCUCAAGUUGGUGGAUGGAUAUUUUCGGCCCAAGUUUCAUUUCUCUGGUGCGAUAGAGUGGUUAUGCUUCCGCAUGGAUAUGUUGGCAUCCAUCACAUACGCCAUUUUUUUUGUUUUUCUGAUAUCGGUGCCACAUGGAGUACUUAGUCCUGGUAUUAUGGGUCUAGCAGUCACAUAUGGACUUAGUUUUAGUAUGCAUGGGAUCAUAUGGGAUCUAUGCAGUCUUGAGAAUAAUAUCAUUUCAAUUGAGAGAAUAAUGCAGUACACCUGCAUCCCUAGUGAACCCCCUUUGGUGGUAGAAGAAAAUAAGCCAGAUGAUGAAUGGCCAUCACAAGGGAAAGUUGAUAUUGUUAAUCUGCAGGUUCGGUAUGCUUCACAUCUUCCUCUUGUCUUACGAGAUCUCACAUGCACUUUCCCUGGAGGGAUUAAGAUUGGUAUUGUUGGGCGAACGGGAAGUGGUAAAUCAACUCUUGUACAAGCUCUCUUUCAUAUGCUUGAACCUGUAGCCGGUCAAAUUUGGAUAGAUGGUAUCAACAUCUUCAAGAUUGGCCUUCAUGACUUACGGUCAAGAUUGAGCAUCAUACCGCAAGACCCAAUAAUGUUUGAGGGGACUCUAAGAAGCAAUCUUGAUCCACUUGAAGAUUACACUGAUGAACAAAUCUGGGAGGUUUUAGAUAAAUGCCAACUCGGUGAUGAAAUUAGAAAGAAGGAAGGGAAGCUCGAUACUUCAGUGAAUGAGAAUGGAGAGAAUUGGAGCAUUGGUCAAAGACAACUAGUUUGUUUAGGACGGGUAUUACUCAAGAGAUGUAAAGUGUUAGUACUCGAUGAAGCUACUGCAUCAAUGGAUACUGCAACUGAAUACCUAAUUCAGCAAACACUUAGGCAACACUUCUCAGGGUCUACUGUCAUCACAAUCGCACAUAGGAUAACAUCAAUUCUUGAUAUUGAUAUGGUCCUCCUUCUCGAUAAUGGUCUUAUAUUGGAGUAUGAUUCCCCAGCCAAAUUGCUAGAGAUCAAGUCCUCGUCAUUUGCAAAGCUUGUUAAGGAGUAUACUGGAAGAUACAAUUGCUAGUUUUUGAAAGGUAAAAUGAGUAAAUUGAGUAGUCAGACGAAGGUGCAUUUUUUUUCUAGUAUAAUAGAAAUUUGUUUGGAGAAGAUGGUGGAUUAAAUAUCGAGGCUUCUUGUAAUCAUUUGGGUGGACAUUGGCAUUGAAGUAUUGGAGGUAAAGGAGAAGAUGAGAGGGGAAAUAUUUUUCUUUGUGCAUGUCUAUAAACCUUAGGAGAGGUUAUAGACUACCAUGGGGCACAUUAGACAGAGAUGAAAUUUUGUGGAAAAGUAAAAAUUCAAGGUCCUUUGCUAUGCUGCUCA